AUGUCCUCGCACCACGAGUGGUUUCUUCACUACCGCCCCCUUGCCGCGCCGAAACGGGUCUAUCUUGGGGAUGAGCAUCACAUCCUCGCUCAAGGCAUCGGGCAGGUUGUCAUCUCAGCCUCUCUUGAGGACGGCAGUACGAACACGGGUGUCAUCCAGAACGUCCUCUACGUCCCAGAUCUCAAUGGCAAUCUAUUGUCAGUCGCUCAGUUCGAUCGCAACAGCUACAACGUCUCGUUCACAGAUGGGAAGUGUUGCAUCAGCAAUUCUGAUGGGAAUAUCAGCGCUGUUGGGUACAUAAAGGAGAAUCUCUAUCUCCUUGAU